GGAGAGCAGCGCCCGGGCGGGCACUGCCGAGUGAGUUAACCUAGGAGCGACCAUGCCCCGGGACAACAUGGCCUCCCUGAUCCAGCGGGUGGCCAAACAGGCUCGCAUCACCUUCCGGAGCCCGGCGCCGGGGCCGAGCUUCGGUGAGAACCUGCACCGGCUGCAGCAGCUGCUGAACGAGGUGCGGGCCGAGGACCUGCACCUCGUCCCGCGGGGCCCGGCGGCCGUGCCGGGGGCGGGCUGCUCGCGGGCCGGGGCCGGGGCCGGGGUCGGGGCGGUGCCGCCGGUGAGCUACAUGCACAUCUGCGAGACGGAGAGUUUCAGCAUGGGCGUGUUCCUGCUGCGGAGUGGGGCCUGCAUCCCGCUGCACGACCACCCGGGCAUGAACGGCAUGCUCAAGGUGCUCUACGGCAGCCUGCGCAUCGCCUGCCUGGACCCGCUGCCCCCCGCCGCGCCGCCCGGCGCCCGCCGCCGCGCCCUGCUCCGCUCGCGCCAGCUCUGCACGCCGGCCUCGCCGCCCUGCCUGCUCUCGCCGCACACCGACAACCUGCACCAGAUCGACGCCGUGGACGGGCCGGCCGCCUUCCUCGACAUCCUGGCGCCCCCCUACGACCCUGAGAACGGCCGGGACUGCCACUACUACCGCCUGCUGGAGGCGUCCGCCGGCCCCGCUGCCGAUCCCCACGCCCUGCCCCGGGAGGUGUGGCUGGUGGAGACCCCGCAGGCGGCGGAUUUCUGGUGUGGCGGAGAGCCCUACCCCGGGCCCAAGGUCUCCCCUUGAAGCCGGCGCGGCCCCUCUCACGGUGAGGCUGCUCCAGAGCCCUCAGAGGACGGACCGCUCCCCCCUCCCUCGACUACUUCUUCCCCGGCAGGGAUCGUGUGGGGCCCGCUGGAAUAGGGGGCCCCUCCUCCUCCUCCUCCAGCAGGAGGUCGAAGAGCCGAUAGCAGCGGGACGGGAGGAUCUGGCUUGUGCCGUGGCUCACUCGAGAUGUCGCAGAGGCUGCACUCGCUGUACAAAAGCCAUAGCCACGAUUCCCCUCCCAGCCGCCUUUGAAGUAAUGCUAGUCACUACAGCAGGCCUAUCUCCUAGUCCGGGGGUGCGGAAAGCCACUCCCCAGCCUCCCUGGGGCAGUUGGAUGCGUUGGGAGAGUAUAUGUGUGCAUGUGUUGGGCUAUCAUUUUCUCAGUUCAACUCAUCAGUUCCAACAAUGAAGCAUCCAGCUGCUGGGGCCAUGGGCUGCACUCUUCUAGGGUACUGCUUCUCUACCAAUGGAUAAUUGCAGUAGAAACAACUUUUUAUGCACAGACCAUGCUCCAGAGGAGCUGAUUGCCACUAAACUAAGGGUGAACAAACCUUGUGUGUUUCUGCCAAUGGCCUACAUAAGAGAGCAGUUUCUGGGGCAGAUUAAUGGUACCAUUUCCCUGUCCAAAUCAUCAGAAAGACACCAGCCAAUUAACUCACACAGGAAACCCAAAUCAUAACCCUGGGUGAUUUGGUGUGCUUGAUCAAGGCAGUUAUACAAACUUAGCUGCUUAAUGGUGGCUGAGCAUCUCCUACUCCUGACUAAUGAGAAUAGCAAUAUCUAGCCAGAACUACCGCUGUUAAUGACAUAGACUGUAUUUGCAGGAAAGCUACAAAACUAAAACCUCUUUGUGCUUACUGUCAAGCUUUUUGAGUGGAGGGCACUAAACGACCCAGUGGAUUUUUUUUCUCCUUUUGACUGAUAUGAAGACUUGCAACAGUAGUACUGUUUAAACUUCCACACAACAGAAUGUUAAAGUAAAUAUCAGUAUUUUGUCUAACCACUUAAGAAACCCCUCUUUCAUCUCCCCUCCUUCCUAAAGUUAAGAGAAUAAAUGCAAUAAGAAACUUCACUCUUCUAUAAGGCAUGUUUGUAAGUGAUCUGAAAACUCAAAGGUGGUAUUUCCAGCCUGUCUAGUCCCACUGACAGGGACUCCUCAAAUGCAGCUUCCCUACUUUGUGGGUAGGAAUAGAGUUUAUCCCAACAACCCAAGAAUUCCUUAUGGAAAACAGCAUGUAGGGUGCAAGCAGCUCUACUGGAAAUACAAACUGCUCCAAAGAGAAUUUUUAUCUAACCUGUUUUAGUCUCUCUUGUCUUUCUGCUCUCUCUUUUUGCUGUCAGUUUUACACCAUAUGUAAAAACUAGUCAUGAUGUUUAAUGGGAUGUGACUUUAAUGCCUUACCUUGCAUGAUGAUCUGGCAACAAUCACAGCAGAAGCUUUAUUAAAGUGGAGCUAAAAGGACCAGUAUUAAAACAAGUCCUAGUGCCAGGAAGAAACAAACAACUAAGAUGCAUUAAAGAAAAGGCUUUUUGUGUAACAGGUUUUGCAACCUUCAUAUACUUAGUAAUUAGAAUUUACUUCAAAUGCUCUUACUAACUUUAAACAGAAGGCUCAAGUCUGUAUUGCUGUUCUUUCUCACUGCAGCGUGGGUAUUGUUUUCAUAACUGCAAAAUUACUGCUGUUGAUGAUGAACUAUAGAAUAAAUACAGGAUAUCUCACA